UCCCUCGCGGUUCAGAGUCAGUCUUAAUCAUCGGCGGGGCUGUAAUUAAUGCAGCAUGCUCAGAGGGAGCUGCUGGAGUUAUUUGUGCGGCUUCAGCAGCAUCCUCUGGGUGCAGCAGCAGCAGCCCUCCCCCUCCGCAGCCGAUCCAGCAGUAUGCCCGACGCUCAAACGGAAGCAGGCGCUACCAUUUUGAAACACACCACCGCUUAGGGCCAUGGACAAAAGCCACACGGUCAAGCUCUUCGUGGGCAACCUGGCGUUAGACACCACCCAGGAGGAGCUGUCGGCCAUCUUCGAGCCGUACGGACAGGUGGUCAGCUGCAGCGUGCUGCGACAGUUCGCCUUUGUGCAUCUGCAGGGCGAGGGCGCCGCGGAGCGCGCCAUCAGGGAGCUCAAUGGCCGGGAGUUUCGCGGCCGCAACUUGGUGGUGGAGGAGUCCAGGGGCAGGCCGCUGCACUCCACCAAGGUGUUUGUGGGUAAUUUGAGUGGCAUGUGCACCACUGAAGACCUGCAGCAGCUGUUCCAGACUUUUGGGAAAGUUCUCGAGUGUGACAAAGUCAAAGGUUAUGCUUUUGUUCACAUGGAAAACAAGGAAGAUGCGCUUCAGGCCAUCGAAGCCCUCCAUGGCACCUCCUUUAAGGGCCGCCCCCUUUCUGUCGAGCUGUCAAAGGUACAGCCCAGUAAGCAGACGCCGACAGGAAAGAUCCCCUGUGUCAACUGUGGGAAGCAGGGCCACUAUGCCGGAGAGUGUCCUGUGGGCAAGCCCUCUCUGGAGCAGUACCAGAGUCAGGCCGCGGUCUUGGCAGCGGCAGCGGCUGCAGCUGCCGGCCUCCCUCUGCAAGUCCAACAAAGCGUGCACAACUCCGUCUACAACACCUCCACCUUUGACCCCACAUAUGCCGCUCUGACGGGGAUUACCACGGGCUCGCGUACUGACGGGAAUCCAGUGAAUCCAGCUGUGUAUGGGGCCCUCGCCAGCCAGGUGUAUGGUGCCAACGUUGCCAGUCAGCUUUACGGAACAGUGGCCAGUCAGGCAGCUCUCACAUCCGGGGCCACACAAGUAUACAGCUCCAUGACGCCCAACAUCUACGGCCAGAUGGCUGCAUCCCCUGCAGCCGCCGCUGCUGCGGCCGCCGCCUACUCAACUCCAGUUUACACCCCAACGAUGGCUAACCACCCUGUCUAUCUGGCAGCUGCACCCGGUAUUGAAGUUCCGGCAGCCGCCGCCGCUGUGAACCCCGCCUAUAGCGUUGCUUCGGCAAUUUACGGCGCCGCCACACCAGCCUACGCCCAUAUAAGCGCCUUGGGAGCCGCAGACCCUACUACAGCCAUCUUUGAGGCCGCCAGGCAGGCACACUACUUUGCCCAGGGCCAGCAAGUCGUGGCCGAGCAGCAGGCGGCGGCAGCAGCAGCUGCUGUGGCCAAGUCUGGGGAGAGGGAUCGCAGUCCUCUACGGAGGUCGGCACCUCUUCUCCCGGACCCAGUAAUGAAGCCAUUCAUAUACCAGAGGGCCAAACCCCGCAGGCCGCUGCUGCCAACACCAGCUGGCCGUGCCGCUGAAGAAGCAGUAGAAGGCGUGGAAGACCCCAUGGCCAGGUACUACGCCGAGUACUACCAGCAGCUUCAGCAGUACCCUCAGUUCCAGUAUGCCUACCCACAGAGCACAGUGACCGCAAUCCCCGGCAUACCAGGGGUCCCGGGAGUUCCCGCUGUACCUACGAUGACCGCCCAGCCCGUCGCUACCUUGGAUGCCCUCAGGCCAGUGGUCCCCACCGCUGCGGCAGUGGCAGCCGCCAUGGCUGCGCCAAGGGUGUAUGAGCCGCCGUUGCCGCCGCCCGCGCGCAAGGAGGCCAUCCUCCGCCGCCCCGAACUCUCCCUUCACACGCCUGAGCCCCCCUUCCGAUAGUCGCACUCAACUGUCUGCCCUCCCCGCCACCCCCGCUCCUCCCGUCUCACCCUCGUGCCAGUAUUAGACCGACCCGGUCGGUCGUUUCAUAUGCCUUUAUUUCUUCGUUAUGAUGAUUUUCUGAGGCCAAAUCUCCAGUGAACAUCUGCCAUGAUCCUUUCGGCCUAGAUAAUCAGUUAGGGCAGCUAGUUUGAAACCUUUUUUGCCUUAAUUUGACAUGUUUCUAUUUGUAACCAGAUGGGAAGCCGAGACGCUGCACUGGAUGGUGUUGAACGGAACCAAGGUUUUGGGGGGGUGUUUUUUGUGGGGGGGUGGUUGAACUGUGAGUGAAUGCCUGAGACGUUGCGGGCUGUUGACUUUGCAACGCACAAAUGUCGGAGUCUGUGCCUCGCCGGGGGAAAAAAACAAACAAAAAAAAAGCACACAUAUAUGCGUACUGUAAUGUCUGUUCCGAUCCCCCUCUGGGCCCUUCCUCCUCACUUCAACUGUCACACUGAAAGACACUGCUUCACCUCUUUCCAACUACAGCUGCCUACCUCUUACUGUAAACUUCAAUGUCGACCCUGUUCUGUCCCUUACAUUUCAUCCGGUCCUCAGACUCGGAACAAUCCCUUCUGGAAAAGGAGGAGGAGCCAGAGUUCAUAGAUUUUCUUUGAUUAAUUCCUCCUUUUUUUUAUCUAGAGUAAACGAUAUAUAUAUUUUUUGUGUUUCUCUGUAGCGUAGUUUACAUACAAGUCCGCAUUGGAUGUAAUGAGCUGUAAAUGUACAACUUCUGUGACUACUGAAUGAUGUUUACAAAGCAAAUUCCAACUGGAUUCUUUAAAAAAAGUCGUUGAACGCCGUCAACCAUGUGCCUAUCAUUCUCGAGUGAAGUGCAUUAAGUGAAGGGAUCUUUGGUUUUUGUUUUUAUUGUUUGAAGCGCUUCAGAAAACCCCCUCCAAAUCGUGAAGCUUUUUUUUUUUUUCGAUUUAGACAAAAGCCACAACGUCAGCCCGGCAGGUUUGAAAGCCGCCGCCGGCUUUGAAGCAGAAAACUGAGCGAUAGCACCAAUGAAGUCAGAGAUGGAGCAGUGUCUUCCAGUCGCCUGAACAAACCUUUUUGGGUCCUAAAAAAUCCUGUGGAUUCUGAUUUUUACAUUUCAAAACUGUUGUCUGACCUUAUAGGUGGGAUUUGCCACAUCAGGAUAAAAAAUAAAAAUAAAAAAAGAUCUGUACCUCAGACUGCAUGUAAAUUCUACUUUAAGGACAUAUAAAAGUGGGAAAUACCACCUAUUUAGUUCCAGUUCAAACAAUCAGAUAUUUUUUCGGGUUUGGUUUGACAGCAGUCUGACACACACACAGACAAACCGACUCUUGAGUCACCUUACUGCCUCAUCGAUGCCCCUCUCCCCUCUCCCUUUUGUGUUUUUAUUAUUAUUAUUUUUUUAAGUGGUUCAGUGACUUCUGCAUCUCCCGGUAUAAUCUCUGUGUCGUGUAUACAAACACAUACCAGUUUGCAUCCUUUGUAGAAAUGUGGUUUGCGAAAAAUGUCUUGUUUUCUAUGUAUUUUUUAGAAAAAGCAUUUUUAAUUUAGCCUUUUUUUUAUAGAGAACAGAGAAAAGUUGAGUUAAAAAAAAUCUGCAUGCUUUUUAUUGAGAACAUGUAUACUAUUAACCUUAUUAUUAUAAUAAUAAAGAAUGUUGGCUGACUGCUGUGGUAAAAGAAAGACAAGGGUUUGGACAUUUCCCCUUCUUGUUUAUAUGUUUCUUUUCUACUAUCUGUUUCUUUCGUUAAAACUGGCCAGAACCAUUUGACUGGGGGACCCGGGGGGAGACAGGUGUAGCUGCUGCUCCAGCUUUUCUCUCUUUGGUCAGGGUAAGUUUGGGUUGGAGCUCCUUCCUCUCUCCAGCCCCUCAAAUCCAAACACCUGUAGGACUUUAUUUUGUUUUGGUAGAGAUUUUUCACAUUCUUGCAAGAAAGAAUUGUGGCCUUCCAAUUGAUUUGUUUUUUUUUUGUCUUUUUUGGAGAAAUGAUUUUACUGACAUUGAGAGCUGGGGAGAGGCACACAGAUGGAAUGGCCUGGGUGCAUUUUGAUCUGUGGAGCAGUUCUGUCCCUGGGCUUGAUGGGUGUGCGUCUGGUCUCUCCUCGCUGCACCAAGUUCUCCCUCUUCGUGUGUCUCUGUCCAUUCUACUCUUUUGACUUGCAUGUGUGAAAAACUGUAACUUUACCGCAAGAAAAAAAAGCACAAAAAAACAAAGCAACCAAGCAAACAAACAAACAAAAAAAAAAACCUUGACAGUCCAGCUCUGAACUAACCAUGUCGACUGAAUUAGGUGGCCAGGAAUGACCCAACGUGAACCACGAUGACAACUUUUAGCGCGACGCCAUCACAUCGGGAACUUGUAUCCCUCUUCACUACCAAGGUAAAUG